AUGAACGAAAACUAUGGUGGUGUCUCACCGGCAACGGCUUCUCAUCCCUUCUUUGGUUACGGUAGCACAGCUACUUCGACUGCUGGAAUGUCAUCAUCGGCAUAUACCUCCUCUUCAAGCGAAUACGCAAAUCUUGGCUAUCGCAUCCCUGUUCCCGCGCUUAUAGCUCACGGCUUCAUGAUGAGCUUCGCCGUUGGCGUGUUCCUCCCAUUUGGUGCCAUUAUCAUCCAGGUAGUGCCUUGGAACAAGAAAGUGACUCGUCUUCAUGCACCAAUACAAGCGUUCGCCCUUGCUAUGCUCUUAUCUGGGAUGGGCGUUGGCAUCUACCUAGGUGUCACCACACACAAAAUAAGUUAUUAUCAUCCCAUCAUCGGCUUCAUUGUUGUUGGAGGGUUGUUGCUCUUCCAACCUCUCAUGGGUCUCUAUUCACAUCUGCAUUUCCAAAAAAACGGUACUAAGAGUGUUUUCGCCUAUGUUCAUCGUUGGUGGGGUAGGAUUAUGGUUAUACUUGGCAUUAUCAACGGCGGCUUGGGGUUCAGGCUCGCAGGAAUUGGGUUGCCUGGAACUCCAGUUGGUGCGGUUGUUGCCUACUCAGUCGUGGCGGGAGUCAUAAUAAGCGCCUAUCUUGUUGUUGUUAUCGUUGGUACUACCAGGCAGGUGGCUCAUGCCAAGACAUGA